GCAUAUUUGGCGGUCUAUUGAUUUCCAUUUCAGUGUUAAAGAGCUGAGGAAGGUUAUGCGGUAAAACGCCGCAAAGAAAUUUUUGAUAUAUUACCUGAUUCUACAUAUUCGUCAAAAUGACGAUUGGAAAGAACAAUAAGAUGCUACAGCAUAUCAACUAUAGGGUCAGAAUCAUCCUUCAAGACUCUAGAACAUUCAUAGGCACAUUCAAAGCCUUUGAUAAGCAUAUGAACUUGAUUCUUGGUGACUGCGAGGAAUUUCGCAAGAUCAAACCAAAAAAUACCAAGCAGCCGGAGAGGGAAGAGAAACGUGUAUUAGGAUUUGUUCUUCUACGUGGUGAGAAUAUAGUUUCCUUGACAGUGGAAGGUCCACCACCACCUGAAGAAGGAUUACCUAGAGUACCGAUCCCUGGAGCUGCACCGGGACCUGGUAUGGCACGUGCUGCUGGCAGAGGUAUGCCGGCAAGUGUUGCGGGAGUACCAGCUGGUCUUCAGGGACCUGUCAGAGGCGUCGGAGGACCAUCGCAGCAGAUUAUGACACCAGGUAGUAGAGGUCAGGUAUCUGCACCUCCACAGAUUCAUCCUGGUGGUCCUCCGCGUAUGCCAGUUGGUGGACCUCCGCCAGGAAUGAUGGGACCGCCAGCGGGAAUGAUGGGUAUGCCACCUGGAAUGCCACCUAUAGCACGUGGUGGUCCACAGAUGCCGCCUGGAAUGAGAGGUCCACCUCCGGGUUUAAUGCGUGGUGGUCCGCCUCCUCGUCCAUAUUAAUUAAUGCUACUCCUCAAUCUUUUAAGAUAUUUUAUUACAAACUCAUUAUAAGGGAACAAUAAUGUAAGGACAUUUUUUUCUUAAUAUUAAGACUCGGUGUUACCUAGUCCGUGCAUAAAAAGUCUUUUCAAUGAUGCGAAUAAAAAUCAGUUAACAAUCGGGAAUGCAAAGAACCAACAAA